AUAGAUUUUUCUUGCAUCAUGAGAGAUGAAAUUGCAACGGCAGUUUUCUUUGUCACAAGAUUGGUGAAAAAACAUGAUAAACUGAAUAAACAGCAAAUAGAAGACUUUGCAGAAAAGCUGAUGACAAUAUUGUUUGAAACAUACAGAAGUCACUGGCACUCUGAUUGCCCUUCUAAGGGGCAAGGCUUCCGGUGUAUCAGGAUAAACAACUAUCAGAAUAAAGAUCCCAUUCUAGAAAAGGCUUGUGCUGAGAGUAAUGUGGAUUUUUCUCAACUGGGCCUUCCAAAGGAGAUGACUAUAUGGAUAGAUCCCUUUGAAGUGUGCUGUAGGUAUGGUGAGAAGAACCAUCCAUUUACAAUUGCUUCUUUUAGAGGCAGAUGCGAGGAAUGGGAACUGUAUCGGCAAAUCAGUCACGCUGUUAAUAGAGCCUCAGUAGACUACUCCUCUGCCACGUCCUCUGAUGAAGAAAGUUGUAGCAAGGAACUUCGCAUCAUUCCUAAAGUCAGCAAUCCGAAGAGCAUUUAUCAGGUUGAAAACUUGAAACAUCCCUUUCAAUCUUGGUUCCAAAUUUCCCGCAAAAAGAAUGUGGCAGAUGGCCGUGUGGGCCUCCUGGGAAGUACUUUUCAAGCUGUGCACAAGCAGCCUAAGUGUCACAGGACUGCUGUGGGCCGGGUGGACAGAAUUUUAUAACCUGCAUCUGGGAAUGGGGAUUUGUAGCACCUGAUAAAAGAAGGUGCCUUGGAAGGCAUUGCCGGAGGCUUCCAUGGCAGGAAGAUGGGAAGCAAUCUGCAGGGUGAUUUCUGGAGCCUGAAAAGAAUGAAGGACAAACAAAAGCAA